AUUUAUUUAUUUAUUUAUUUAUUUAUUUAUUUAUUUUAAUGCAACAGUGAUGGCUGUUUUUCUUUUCUAGGACAUUCCAAAUGGUUGUACAGGUUAUUCUCAGUGCUUGUGCCAUAGCUCUGAUUGAUUUGUUUUUCUUAGUGUCAAAACGCCUUCCUUCACAUCCAUAGACAGCUCUCUGGUCUUCAUGUUGGUUUAGCCAUUUUAACAAUAAAUGCAGUUUUCAUGGUUGAUAUCCUGAUGGUUGACAUCCUGAUAUUUUUGAUCACUUGAAAAAUGGGUUCAAAAAAUAGAAACCCCAUAAUUAAUAUUCAUUGAAUCCUCUCCUGGAUGAUGGAAAAGUCAGAACCCUUAGCAUAGAGAACUUGUCCUACCAUCAUGCCUAGAUCUCCCAGAAGAACUACGCAAGUUAGGGUCAGCUUUAUAACAAUAUAAGCCAUGAUGCUAACAAAACUACCUAUAUUUGAUUCGUUACUGAGAUGUAUUCUCUGUUUUUUGCUCUUCCUUUCAGAUAUAAUUGUAUAGAACUGAUUUGUGGAACCUGAAAUGGCCAAAAUGUACCACCGGGAGAAAAGUAUUCAGCUAAAGAGCAGUGCUUCAGCGCUGUACAACAAUUUGAGUGUGUUGCGCUUGGCACCACGUUCCCUCACCCAUUUUGCUGUUGUGCACGCCAAUGUAGUGAACCUAGUGAGUGCCUCCUGGGAUGGGCUCAACUACUCACACCGACAGCUGCAGUCCAAAGAGGGCAAUGUGGCCACCAGCUCCUCUCUCAUCAUGCAGGCAGCUUGGUGUGUUCUUCCAUCUAGAGAUCUACUUGUCGUCACUUCUCAGAAAGGGAUUCAGAUGUAUGAGUCUGAUGGAUCUAUUAUGGUGUACUGGCAUGCACUGGACACACCAGAGACACCCACAGCUAAAGCCAUUUUUGCACGGGGGAUUGCUGCUGUGAGGGACAAAUACAUCUGUGUAGGGGUCUCAUCUGGGGCAGUGCUGGUUUUUGAUGUUCCCAGUAAAGGAAGUAACAUCACAUUAUCCGAAGUCCUGGAGGAACACACUGAGGCUGUCACAGACAUGGCUUCUGAGUGCUCAGGAAGUGCGGAAUACAUUGCUGAUUUGGUGAGUGCUGAUGACUCAGGCCUUCUGUGUGUCUGGAAGUCUGGGGGAGAUUUUCAGCUACUCAACAAGAUCCCUGGAUUUGAUAUGAGCUGCUCAUCAGUUAAACUGUGGAAAGGCACGGUCAUAGCUGCCUAUGGCACAGGCCAAAUCCGCCUCUAUGAGGGUGUCACUGGGAUAUUGCAUGCUGAGGUUAAUGCCCAUGCUCGCUGGAUCUACUCCUUAGAUAUUGCUCCUUUCACUGGACUGCUGCUCUCAGCUGCUGAGGACUCCUUUGUUCGCGUGUGGCAUUUAAACCCAGCACCAGAAAACAACAGUGUGGAGAUUGAGCACCUUUACAAUGAGUGUGUGACUGACACUCAGAUUUGCGGAGCCAAGUUCUGUGAUGGUGACGGCUACGCUUUUGCUGUCACAGGCUAUGACCUAAGUGAGAUCAUCCGCUACACACAGGCAUAAAAGACUCCCUCCAAUUCUCCUGCUUCUGGAAAACUUUUACAAAAGUCACAGCACACAGCACCGAUAUUUGUUCAUCUGUGAGUUGGCACAUAUUACAGGAGCAGUAAGGCUGGCCAGGCAGACUGUCAAAAGUGCUUGUCUGUACAGUGUUUUAGCUGAACAUCACUUCUACAGGCCUGUGAAUGCUGUUGCUUUGCUCUUAAUUCAGCCAUUAUGUUUAAUUUAGUCUUGUCUGAACUUGUUUGAGUGAAACCUUAUUUAAAUGAUUAGCCAAACUUGUAAUGCUAAUGUUUCAGAACACAGUCAAAUCUCCUAUGGAAAAGAAAGAAAAUAUUUGUGGCAUGCACUGUCAUGUACAAAAGUUUACAUUCCUGUUAAGAUAAAAAAUGAUAAAAGGACAAAAGAAUCUAUUUCAGAACAACAGCUUUCAUAGAUAUACGGAUGUUCUUUUGUUACAACAACUUACAGUCAAAAAACAGUCAAGUACUGAACGUUUACUUAAUUCAUAUCUCCAUCUUCAACUUUUAUGUCCACAGCUAUUAGAGCUGCCUACAACAUUUCAACCUCUAUUUUUGUAGAAGAAUUAUCUUUUUUAUACAUUAUAGAAAAUGGGGAGAUGAAUACUUUUUCCAUUUAUAUGUACAUGCAUUAUAUGUACACACACACACACACACACACACACACACACACACACAUUAUAUAUAUAUAUAUAUAUAUAUAUA